AUUCAUAGUUCACUUUUCUUUUCUCGUCAUUGGUAUCCUGAGCCAGUAAAUAAACAAUUUAAAUUAAAUUACAUAAGAAUUUAAGUUAAUUUCAUCAAACUGGCAUCCAGGAGAUUACUGUUUAUAAGCUUUUAUAGCUUCUCACCAACUACGUAUCGCACCAGUUUAUAUAGUUACCAUUUGAGUCAAAGGCGACAAUACUCGGGCAUGACUGUGCCACAGUGCGCUCCUCGGUCUCCGGGCCGAGGGCAAACCCCUCUUGAUGCCCAUCCUGGCUCAGGGGCUGAUACACCCAACCAGUCUAUACUCAAGAGAUAUGACAAUAUUGUCAAGAGCCAAGAAGAUAAAAGAAACUACAGGGGUCUCCAACUGUCAAAUCGCAUGAAGGUUUUGCUGGUUAGUGAUCCCACCACAGACAAGUCGGCUGCUGCUAUUGAUGUCAAUGUUGGAUACUUAAGUGACCCAGAAGAGUUACCUGGGUUGGCACAUUUCUGUGAGCACAUGCUGUUUCUUGGGACAGAGAAAUACCCAGAGGAGAAUGAAUACAGCAAGUUUCUCUCUGAACAUGGUGGGAUGUCCAACGCCUCAACAUCUUCAGAUCACACAACAUACUAUUUUGACGUCCUACCUGCACACCUCGGCAGAGCUUUGGAUAUUUUCUCUCAGUUCUUCAUAUCCCCACUGUUCACGGAGUCGGCUACUGGUCGUGAGCUAAGCGCGGUGAACUCUGAGCACGAGAAAAACGCGUCGUCAGACACGUGGCGGCUCGACCAGCUCAAUAAAAGCACUGCCGCACCAUACCAUCCCUUCCACAAGUUUGGCACCGGUAAUAGGGACACACUAGAAACGAUCCCUAAACAAAAAGGUAUCGACGUAAGGAAAGAGCUACUCAAGUUUCACCAGAAGUGGUAUUCUGCUAAUAUCAUGACACUCGUCGUUUUCGGUAAAGAAUCCCUCGACGAAUUAGAAGAGAUGGUGGUGAAAUUAUUCUCCCCCGUGGAGGACAAGUCCGUGACAGCUCCGUCUUGGCCGGACCACCCCUUCCCUCCGGAGUUGAGGAGGAAGCGAGCUUACUGCUACCCGGUGAAAGACCUCCGAUCACUGUCUAUCGACUUCCCCAUACCGGAUACGAGGAAACAUUAUAAGAGCGCACCAGGCCACUACCUGUCUCACCUGCUGGGUCACGAGGGGCAGGGCAGCCUGCUGUCGGCCCUCAAAGCUCGCGGCUGGUGCAAUAAUCUGGUGGGCGGCACCCGUAUCGGCGCGCGCGGUUUCGGCUUCUUCGGCGUACAGGUGGACCUGACCGAGACCGGCGUCAAACACAUCGACGAGAUUGUGCAGCUCGUGUUUCAGUACAUCGAGAUGCUGAAGGCAGGGGGUCCGCAGCGGUGGGUGUGGGAGGAGCAGCGUGACCUCCUCGCCAUGGAGUUCCGUUUCAAGGACGAGCAGGACCCUCGAUACUUCGCCACGGGGCACGUGCACGCGCUGCAGGAGUACCCCAUGGAUGACGUGCUGAGCGCGUAUUACCUGGUGUCGGAGUGGCGGCCGGACCUCGUCGACGAGCUGCUGGCGCUGCUCACACCGGACAAUGUCAGAGUCGGCGUCGUCGCCAAAUGUUUCGAAGAGAAAUGUACCCAGGUUGAGCCGUGGUACGGCACGAAAUACCUACAAGAAGACAUUGAGGAGAGCACCCUUAACCAAUGGAAGUCGACGAAGCCGACGGAGGAGUUGCACCUGCCGCCGCCGAACGAGUUCAUCCCCACCAGGUUAGACCUGGAGACCAGCUUCGAUCCCACCACUGAUGGCAUCGAACCCACCAUUAUUAAGGAUACGCCGCUUAUGAGACUGUGGUAUAAAAGAGACAACGAAUUUUCACUGCCGAAAGCAUUUAUCACAUUGGAUCUAGUAAGUCCCCUGGCAUACUCGUCACCUGCGCACUGCAACCUGUGCUCGCUGUGGGUGCUGGUGCUGCGGGACCGGCUGCAGCAGUUCGUGUACGCCGCCGAGCUCGCCGGCAUACGGUGGAACAUCUCCAACGGCAAGUUCGGCCUCACCAUAACAAUAGACGGUUAUGACGACAAGCAGCACGUGCUGCUCGAGAAGAUCAUCGACCACAUCGUCAGCUUCGAGGCCGACCCCAAGCGGUUCGACAUCAUGAAGGAGAACCACAUCAGAUCCAUCAAGAACUUUGACGCUGAACAGCCCUACAAGCAUGCUGUGUACCAACAAGCGCUGUGUAUGUCGGACAUCGUGUGGACCAGGGGCCAGCUCGCCGAUUCUGCUAAGGAUUUAACCCCGGAGGACCUAAACGAGUUCGCGGCUCGCCUGAUGCGAAGCGUGCACGUGGAGGGGCUGAUGUUCGGGAACAUAACGCGGGAGCGAGCGCUCGCCAUCGCCGACACUGUUGAGAACAAGUUACCAAAAGACGCGACACCGCUUUUAGCGCAGCAGUUACUGCUGUGCCGAGAGGUAGAAAUUGAAAAAGGCGCGUGGUACCUCCGCUCUAUCGAGAACAGCGUGCACAAGUCGUCGUGCGCGUCGCUGUACUACGCGUGCGGCGCGCGCGAGACCCGCGCCAACGUCACGCUAGAGCUGCUCGCGCAGGCGCUCAGCGAGCCCUGCUUCAACGUUCUAAGGACCAAGGAGCAACUGGGCUACAUCGUGUUCAGCGGUCUGCGGAUCUCCAACGGCGUGCAGGGGCUGCGGUUCAUCGUGCAGAGCGACCGGCACCCCGCAUACCUCGAGCAGCGGAUAGAGGCGUUCAUUAGGAGCCAACAGGAGUAUUUAGAGAACAUGAGUGAGGAGGAAUUCCUGAAGCACCGCGCGGCGCUGGCGGCGCAGCGGCUCGAGCGGCCCAAGCGGAUGGCCACCAAGGCCUCGCGCGCCUGGAGCGAGAUCACCGCGCAGGUGUACAACUUCGACCGGCCGCGAGUUGAGGUCGAGGAACUGAAUACCAUCACCAAGGAAGAACUACUGCAGUUUUAUAAGAAGCACAUAUGCGAGGAUUCCACUGACCGGCAGAAGCUGUCGGUGUACGUGGUGUCCACGGCGGAGGGCGGCGCCGGUGUCAUGGAAAAGGAGCAGGAGGAAAAUAAGGCGGUGAAAAUAACAGACCUAGUGGAGUUCAAGUCCCGAAGAAGGCUUCAUCCUCUACCAGCACCGUUCACCAAUAUACCGCGGAAAGGCGCGCACUGCAAGCUGUAGUGAACUUGCCACUUGUGUUAAUACAACUUACGCGGGUUAGCUUAUUGUAAUUACUUAUUUUUUUGAGUUGAUCGCACAUUUGUCAGCACCGUACGCACCGUACGGACCGCAUAAUACACGAAAUGCGGCGCGUACGGUGCGGACGAAUGUGCGAGGUUUCACAUCAUUUCAUACAACGAAUUCUAAAAUGCGCCUCCUUCGGUGCAUGCGUGCUGAUUAAUGUGCGAUCAUCUU